GUAUCGCGAGACUUGCCCGUAUAUAUAAAUGUAGCGCACGCUCAGUCAGGUCUCUUUCGUUCGGAUUGGAGACAACAUGUCCCACCGCAAGUUUUCGGCUCCGCGCCACGGCUCUUUGGGCUUCUUGCCCCGCAAGAGGAGUAGCCGUCACCGGGGUAAGGUGAAGAGCUUCCCUAAGGAUGACCCCAGCAAGCCCGUUCAUCUGACCGCCUUCCUGUGCUACAAGGCCGGUAUGACUCACAUCGUCCGUGAGGUGGACAGACCUGGGUCAAAGGUGAACAAGAAAGAAGUAGUUGAGGCUGUCACCAUCUUGGAAACUCCCCCUAUGAUCGUGGUGGGAGUUGUGGGCUAUGUCGAAACUCCCCGUGGUCUGCGCGCCUUCAAGACAAUCUUUGCCGAGCACAUGAGCGAUGAGUGCAAGCGCCGAUUCUACAAGAACUGGUACAAGUCCAAGAAGAAGGCUUUCACAAAGUACUGCAAAAAGUGGCAGGAUGAGGACGGCAAGAAGCACCUGGAGAAAGACUUUAACUCCAUGAAAAAGUACUGCAAGGUCAUCCGCAUCCUCGCCCACACACAGAUGCGUCUGCUGCCUCUGAGGCAGAAGAAAUCUCACCUGAUGGAGGUGCAGCUCAAUGGUGGCUCCAUCGCAGAAAAGGUGGACUGGGCCCGUGAGAAGCUGGAGCAGGCUGUGCCCAUCAACACAGUCUUCUCCCAGGACGAGAUGAUUGACGUCAUUGGUGUCACCAAGGGACACGGCUACAAAGGGGUGACCAGUCGUUGGCACACCAAGAAGCUCCCUCGUAAGACCCAUCGUGGUCUGCGCAAGGUGGCCUGCAUCGGUGCCUGGCAUCCUGCCCGCGUUGCCUUCUCUGUUGCCCGAGCUGGUCAGAAGGGAUACCAUCACCGCACUGAGAUCAACAAGAAGAUCUACAAGAUCGGUCAGGGCUACCACCAGAAGGAUGGCAAGCUGGUGAAGAACAACGCUUCCACGGAUUAUGAUUUGUCCAACAAGAGCAUCAACCCUAUGGGUGGGUUUGUCCACUAUGGAGACGUUUCGAACGACUUUGUCAUGGUGAAGGGAUGUGUAGUAGGAACCAAGAAGAGGGUUCUGACUCUGCGUAAGUCCCUGCUGGUGCAGACAAGCCGUCGUGCUUUGGAGAAGAUCGACCUCAAGUUCAUCGACACCACCUCCAAGUUUGGUCACGGCCGCUUCCAGACCGCGGAAGAGAAGAAGGCGUUCAUGGGACCACUCAAGAAGGACCGCAUUGCCAAGGAGGAGACAGCCUGAAGUCUGCAAAUGUGAUAUCUGUACGGUCGUUGUCUGCAGUUCUAUUAAACACUUCAACCACA